UCAUUUUCAGAUUCAUCAUGGCAGUGAUGAGAGCUCUUAUGUUUCUUUUCCUUGUCUUUUAUGUGGAGCAUGCAGUAGCUAAAGACUGCCCAUAUGGAUGGACGCCUUUUGGUGUAAAUUGCUACAAAUUCUUCUCUGAGCAAGUUGACUGGGCCACAGCUGAGAUAAAGUGUCAAAUGAAUGGUGCGAAUCUCGCAUCUGUGCGCAGUAAAGUACAAAACGAGUUUCUCAUGACUCUGAUAACUGGUGACAAAAGUACUUGGAUUGGUGGUCAUGAUGGUGAAAUGGAAGGACAAUGGCUGUGGACUGAUGGAUCUCCAUUUGACUUUACCAACUGGUGCUCCAAUGAACCUAACAAUUAUGAGGGUAAACCAGAGAGCUGCCUGGAGAUAAACUGGUCCGGUAGCCGCUGCUGGAAUGAUCGAUUGUGUAACAGCACAGCUGGCUUUAUUUGUGCUCAAGCUCCCUGA